AUGGCGUACAUUGAACCCGACGCCCACCCGUGUCAUUAUGACGCUUGGCGAGCACUCGACUAUUGUUACCUCCCGGGCUUCGCGUCGCCGCCAAUGCACAAUGACACUCCGUCGCCGUAUCAACAGCCUCGGCUCUUCCCUUCCUCUUCCCGGCGACUCGUUUCGGAUCUAGCAUCGCACCUGUAUCGGUUCCAAUGUACGCGCCGAAAAUUCUCCGGGGCAACUCUCGUUGUUCCUCGAACAAUUGCUCUCGGUCAAGAUGAAAGUUUCGCGCCCCACGAC